AUGUGUGUGGAUUACACCGACUUGAACAAAGUUUGCCCAAAAGACAUCUAUCGUUUUCCUGACAUAGAUGACUUUAUCGACUUAAUAGCAGGACACGCCAUGUACAACCUAGACGACGCAGCCCAAGGAGCAACAUACCAAAGGUUAAUGAACUUCAUGUUCAAAGAAGAAAUUAGAAAACGAGUUCAAGUAUACGUAGAUGAUCUGACCAUAAAAACUGAAAACGCUGAGAAUCACGCAAAAGACCUAGAGAAAUCAUGUUCUUGUUAUGUUUUCGACUUGAGUCUGGAUUGUUUUACGCUAAAAGUAAAACUUAUGAUACCUUGA